AUGGUAGAGAAGGAUCAAGAGAAGACCGCCUUCAUUACUAGCCAGGGUCUCUACUACUACAGGGUUAUGCCUUUUGGUUUGAAGAAUGCGGGAGCCACAUACCAGAGAUUGGCUUUCGUCUGGACGGAUGAGUGCGAAGCAGCAUUCCAGGAGCUAAAGUGUUACCUAAGCAACCCCUCAUUCUUGAGCCUGUCCAAGGAGGGAGAAGACCUGUUCCUGUACUUAACCAUGUCUGCAACCGCGGUGAGCGCAGCCUUGAUCAGGGAAGAAAAUAAGAUACAUUGUCCAGUGUAUUACAUCAACCAGGCCUUCCAAGGAGCUAAAGCCCGAUACCCGCGAAUAGAGAAGAUCACCUUUGCUUUAAUAGUGGCCUUUAGAAAGUUUCGUCCAUUCUUUCAGGUUAACCCGAUCAUAGUAAUGAUGGACCAGGCCAUUAAGAAAGCAAUGAAUAAACCUGAGGCCACUAGACGAAUGAAGAGAGGCGGUGCGGCCAUUGUCAUCACUUCCCCUAAGGGGGAAAUUUUGAAAUAUGGAGUUCAACUUAAAUUUCAUGUAACCAACAACGAAGCAGAGUACGAGGCUAUACUGGUGGGGCCGAGGAUAGCCCAGACACUUGGAGCUAAAAAUGCUUUGCUAAGGAGUGAUUCACAGCUCAUCAUAGGGCAAGUCAAGGGAGAUUUCGAAGUAAAGGAGACAAGAAUGCAGAGAUACCUCAAUUUGAUGAACCGAUUGGUAAGCAACUUUGAUCGAGUAGAAUUUACUCAGGUCCCACAAGAUCAAAAUGUAGAAGCUGACAAAGUGGCCAAGAGUGCGUCAACAGAUAAUCAGGCAAAUGUAACUGAUUGGAAAUUGGAAGAACAGAACUCUCCUAGCAUCGAAAAAUUUCAGACCUUCAAGGUGCACACCCACGCAGGAUGGACGAGCCCAAUCCUAUCCUAUCUUAAGGAUGGACGAUUGCCACCAAAUCCUGAGGAAGCUAAGAAGAUCCAGAAAUGGGCUGCCCGAUUCACGAUGCUGAAUGAUGAGCUUUACAAAAGAGGCUUUUCACAACUUUACUUGAGGUGUGUUGAAGAAAAAGAAGCCAAGUAUGUUUUGGAAAAGGUUCACAGGGGCAUUUGCAGUGAUCACAUGGGAGCAAAGUCCCUCGUAAGAAAGAUCAUGAGGGCAGGCUACUUUUGGCCCACAAUGCAACAAGAUGCAGUGGAUUUCGUCAAGAAAUGUGACAGCUGCCAAAGGUAUAGGAACGUCCAGUGA